AUGAAUCAAGAGCAUAGAAGUUUAAUUCUACGGACAACUACGAGAAAAAUCUUGCAAGAGAGGUUGAACAACUUCUUGAACCCAAAGAAAGAGCAAUUCUUCAACAAAUCUGAAGAUGAUUUCAACAUAACCUCUCUUCUCUUUCGUCAAAACUCAUUUGCUCUCUCCAAGUACCACAACAAAAGUUUGAACAAGAAGCAAGACUUAUUAAAGAUGCUCAAGUUGUUGCGAAAUCUUCGAAAAAGCCCGCGUGUGGCGGAUGAAAGCGCGUUACCUUCCACGGCGGUUGACGGCGAUCACGGGGGAGAAGACGGGAGUAAUAACGGCGUGAUGAUGAAGUUCCCGUUGUCGAUCAUGUCAUGUUUUGCGGUUCCACGUGUGAGCAAGACAGAUGGUGUGUGGGUGUCGGGAGAUUACGGUAGGGUCUCGUCGGAGGUUAACCAUCUCAUGGUUUGUGAUGGCAUGAGAUACGCUCUCUUAAUGUAAUUAUUAUUAUUAUAUCUCGAACUUAAAUUAGCUAGUACUUAAUACACAUUUGUUUUGUGUUUA